AUGGGUUUCUGUUGUGAUCAAGGCAAAGCAACGAAAGUAUGUCGAAAAGGUGCAAAGCGUGUUUUGAAACUCAAUGGUAACAGUGAAAAAAUCCAUUAUACAGUGAACAAUUGCUGUAAUGCUGAUGGAGCUGAGUGGGCUUUAGGUGGUCCGAAUGGUACCAAAUAUUCAAUUUCUAAAUCUGGUUGGAUGGAGCAUAGCACAUUUACUGAAUGGUUGAAGGAGGUGUAUAUACCAGAAUGUCAAGCUGUUAGUGGUACUUAUAUUUUACAUCUUGAUGGACAUACGUCUCACGUCAGUUUAGCAGCUGUAUUGCUAAGUCGGGAAAACAAUAUAAUUUUGAUUUGUUUACCAUCCCACUCAUCUCACAUUCUUCAGCCACUGGACAGAGGUGUCUAA